AUGUCUUUGAGCAAUUUUACUGAUCAAUCUUCACUACUUGCUUUGAAAGCCCAUAUCACACUCGAUCCACACCAUGUAUUAGCAGGUAACUGGUCCACUAAAACCUCCUUCUGUGAGUGGAUAGGAGUCUCUUGCAAUGCUCAACAACAAAGAGUCAUAGCCUUGGAUCUUUCCAACUUGGGUCUGAGGGGAACCAUCCCUCCAGACCUUGGAAACCUCUCCUUUCUAGUCUCUCUUGACCUUAGCAGCAACAAUUUCCAUGGUCCUGUACCUGUCGAGGUGGGUCAGUUGACUAGUUUGCUAUCAAUGAAUCUGCAAUACAAUCUCCUUAGCGGACAGAUACCACCCAGUUUUGGAAACUUAAACAGGCUUCAAAGCUUGUUUCUUGGAAAUAAUAGUUUUACUGGAACCAUCCCUCCUUCCAUUGGCAACAUGUCAAUGCUUGAAACUUUGGGUUUAGGGGGCAAUCACCUGCAAGGAAACAUUCCCGAAGAGAUUGGUAAACUUUCGACUAUGAAGAUAUUAGAUAUCCAGAGUAACCAGCUUGUGGGUGCAAUUCCUUCGGCCAUCUUCAACAUCUCUUCUUUACAAGAAAUUGCUCUAACCUACAAUAGUCUAUCUGGAAAUCUUCCACCAAACUUUGGCUCGUAUCUUCCCAAUCUUGAAAACCUUAUACUGGAAAUUAAUUGGCUUAGUGGUAUUAUUCCCAGCUCCAUCGGCAAUGCUUCUAAGCUUAGGAGUCUGGAUUUUGGCUAUAACAUGCUCACCGGCUCUAUACCUCAUGCACUUGGGAGUUUAAGAUUCCUUGAGAGACUCAAUCUAGGAGUUAAUAAUUUGAAAGGUGAAUCUUAUAUCCAAGAAUUGAGUUUUCUCACUUCAUUGACAAACUGCAAGCGGCUGAGAAUUUUGUACUUAUCAUUCAAUCCUCUAAUUGGCAUUCUUCCCAUUUCUAUUGGGAACCUCUCUACCUCUCUUCAACGUUUUGAAGCUAAUACAUGCAAACUCAAGGGCAACAUUCCUACUGAAAUUGGAAAUUUAAGUAACCUUUAUCUGUUAUCCUUGAACAACAAUGACUUAACUGGAACUAUUCCUCCGUCAAUUGGACAAUUACAGAAGCUCCAAGGUUUGUAUCUUCCUUCCAAUAAACUACAAGGUUCUAUCCCAAAUGAUAUUUGUCAGCUGAGGAACUUAGGUGAGUUAUUUUUGACAAAUAAUCAGCUCUCUGGAUCUAUACCAGCAUGCUUGGGUGAACUUACUUUUCUAAGACAUCUAUACUUGGGGUCCAACAAACUGAAUUCUACAAUACCUUCGACUCUAUGGAGCUUAAUCCAUAUCUUGUCUUUGGACAUGUCCUCAAAUUUUCUAGUUGGCUAUCUACCAUCAGAUAUGGGAAAUUUAAAGGUUCUGGUAAAAAUAGAUUUGUCAAGGAAUCAAUUGUCAGGUGAAAUUCCAAGUAACAUUGGAGGCCUCCAAGAUUUAACUUCUCUCUCAUUAGCUCAUAAUAGAUUUGAAGGCCCCAUAUUGCACUCAUUUAGCAAUUUGAAGAGCUUGGAGUUCAUGGAUCUAUCCGAUAAUGCUCUAUUUGGAGAAAUACCGAAAUCGUUAGAGGGAUUGGUGUAUCUAAAAUAUCUUGAUGUGUCUUUCAAUGGAUUAUAUGGAGAGAUCCCCCCUGAAGGGCCUUUUGCAAACUUCUCAGCCGAAUCUUUUAUGAUGAACAAGGCAUUGUGUGGUUCACCAAGGCUGAAACUCCCACCCUGCAGAACCGGCACUCGUUGGUCUACCACAAUUUCUUGGCUCCUACUAAAAUACAUCUUACCGGCAAUUUUAUCAACACUACUUUUCUUGGCCCUCAUUUUUGUGUGGACGAGAUGCAGAAAAAGGAAUGCAGUCCUUCCAACUCAGUCAGAAUCAUUACUUACAGCAACAUGGAGGAGAAUUUCUUACCAAGAAAUUUUCCAAGCUACAAAUGGAUUUAGUGCAGGCAAUCUACUUGGUAGAGGAAGUUUGGGGUCGGUAUAUAGAGGAACUCUUUCAGAUGGGAAGAAUGCUGCCAUCAAGGUUUUCAAUUUGCAGGAAGAAGCAGCAUUCAAGAGCUUUGAUGCAGAAUGUGAAGUAAUGCACCAUAUUCGUCAUCGAAAUCUAAUCAAAAUUGUUAGCAGCUGCUCUAACUCUUACAUUGAUUUCAAAGCAUUGGUACUGGAGUAUGUACCCAAUGGAAGUCUGGAGAGGUGGCUGUAUUCUCAUAACUAUUGCUUGGAUAUCCUGCAGAGAUUAAAUAUAAUGAUAGAUGUUGCAUUAGCUAUGGAAUAUCUUCAUCACGGUUGUUCAACACCUGUUGUUCACUGUGAUUUGAAGCCAAGCAAUAUCCUGCUAGAUGAAGAUUUUGGUGGGCACGUUGGUGAUUUUGGUAUUGCAAAACUCCUACGCGAAGAAGAGUCCAUUAGAGAAACACAGACCCUUGCAACCAUAGGGUACAUGGCACCAAAGUAUGUUUCCAAUGGAAUAGUUACCACUAGUGGUGAUGUCUAUAGUUAUGGUAUCGUGUUAAUGGAGACGUUUACAAGGAGAAGGCCUACAGAUGAAAUUUUUUCUGAAGAAAUGAGCAUGAAGAAUUGGGUAUGGGAUUGGCUAUGUGGUUCAAUUACUGAAGUGGUGGACGCCAACUUGUUAAGAGGAGAGGAUGAACAGUUCAUGGCAAAGAAGCAAUGUAUAUCAUUAAUCUUGGGAUUGGCUAUGGAUUGUGUAGCAGAUUCACCUGAGGAGAGGAUCAAGAUGAAAGAUGUUGUAACUACACUCAAGAAAAUUAAAACUCACAUAUCUAGCUAG